AUGGCGUUGAUAUUAUUUUUAUUUAAAGUUUCUAAUAUUGAUAUUUCUAAUUCUAAAUUGGAAAUUAUUGGUAAAAAUGAUGAUCAAUCAACAUCUGAUAUAUUAACAACACAAUUUACUAAUGAUGAAAAUGUGACGUUAUUGAGUGCGAAAGUCAUAUUUCGAGGUAUUAGUCUUUACUCAAAUAAUGUACGCAUAUGUGCUGGUACAGCAAAUUUUAUUGCACGUGGAAACAAACCAAAGAAAUUUAAUUUCAAUUUAGCAACUAUGUUAGUACCCGAUGAUAAAUUACGCAUCGAAUUUUAUACGAUAAAUGGAAAAAAAAAAGGAAAAAAAUUGAUUGCAAUUUUUGAAUUAAUGCUUGAAUCUUUAAUCGAUUCAAAAUAUAUUGAUUUACCUGAAGAAAAUUUAUCUGAUCGAAAUAAUUGCUUAUUACCAUCAACUGUACAACUUAAACUUUAUUAUACACCACCAGAUAUUGAUAAACAACUUGCUGCAAUAGGUUAUGCUGAUACUGUUGAAUUGAUCGAUUGGAGAAGUAUAUUUGAUGACGAAGGACGACAUGGUGGUCAUCGACAUAGAUAUGCUCAUUCAAAACAUGAUGGUCGAUUAACAAAAUUUCGUACAAAAUUAGCCGGUCGUGCAGAUGAUGCUGAUACUGAUACAUGUAGUGAUUCAGAUUUUGAAGUAGCUCGAGAUUCUGAAAAAAAAUUUGGACCUGUUGAUGAAAAUGCAAAAAUAAAAAUGCAACAUAAUGAUUUAGAAUUAUUAGAAAAAAGUUUGGGUCGAUAUGUCGGUGAUGUAUAUGAAAUGAUUGAAUGGCAACUUAUAGUAUAUAUUAUACAAGCACGAGAUCUUCCAGGACUUGAUAUUAGUCCAUAUGUUAGUGUUCAAAUCGAUAAUCAAAAACGAUAUACAAGUGUACAAAAAUCUUGUAAUUCACCAUAUUUUGGUGAAUUCUUCACAUUUGAUUUUACACUACCAGCUACAAAAUUUAUGGAAAAAGUUAUUAUUAUCAAAGUUCAUGAUGACGUUAGAAUAAUUAGUACAUUUACAGAUACAGCACCAAUCGGAAUUUUUCGACUAGAUAUAUCAACAGUAUAUAAUGAAAAAGAACAUGCAUUUGAACGAAAAUGGGCUCAAUUGGUUAAUCCGAAAAAUAUUGCAUCGCCUUGUGGUCAUUUACUUCUUUCAAUAUCUGUUACACAACGUGGUGUUCCAACCAAAAAUGUUGUCAGUGAAGAAAUACACGACAAUGAUGAAUUUAAACUAUCAAAAACUUUAAUUCCUGCAGCUAUGCCUCGACGUCUAUUUCCUAUGCAAUUAAAAAUAACUUUUUUUACUGCAACUGAAUUACCUGAAAUGAUGACUGAUUUUUUAGCAACUGUUUCAAAAAAAAUUCUUCAAUCAGACGCAUGGGAACCAGUUGAUCCUUAUGUUGAAGUUACGUAUGAUGCAAUGACAGCAGCAACAGAAGCUCGUAAUGGUACAACACCUGUUUGGGGUGAAACACUUUAUUUAAUUGGACGUUUUCCACCACUUGUACGAACAAUUAAAAUAACUCUUAAAGAUCGUGCAGCUGUUCAAAAAGAUCGUAUUAUUUCAUCAUUUUUUAUUGAUCUUUUUUUAAUAAGUGAAAGUAAUCCAUCAGUUGGUUUUUUACCAACAUUAGGUCCAACAUGGAUGUUUUUAUAUGGAAGUCCAAGAGAAUAUACAAUAAGUAAAGAUAAAGAUGGUCUUAGUGAAGGAAUGGGUGAAGCUGUUUGUUAUAAAGGACGAAUACUUAUGGCUAUUGAAUCUCAUCCAAUUACUGCAGAAAAUACACCAAACAUGAAUAUACAAAAAGAAACUGGUAUACAAUUUCCUGAAGCACAUAUAUUUCCAAUGAAACGUUCAUUUCUCUUAUUUGGUUGUAUUUAUGAUGUCAGCAUGAUUAAUAAAUCAUUUGGUAAUAGAACAAUUUCUUUUGAAUUAAGUAUUGGUUCAAAUGGAUAUUUAAAUCCACAACAAUUAGUUGCUGCAAAUCAUAAACCUGUUUCAUCGUUAACACGUGCUUAUUCAUGUAUUUCAAUUGAUAAUAAUAAAGAUUAUUUUCGUUUACCAAUUGAUUUACAAAAACCAAUAUUAUUUACAAAAUAUAUAUUUCAUGAUUAUAUCUAUCGUAUGACAUUAUCAAAUCGUCUAAAAAAUGCAUCUGCAUAUUUGUAUGAACAAAUUCGUGAAUUUGAAUUGAAAAUUAAUUCUAAGAUGUCAAAUGAAAUUCUCAUAGAAGAAUAUCGAAAAAUCCAAUAUUAUGUUCAUACAUUACCGUGUGGAUGUGCUGAACAGAUAAAAGACCGUGAAAUUUUGGGUACUACGCCUGCAGUUCAUUCAAAUUUAUACGAAUUAUUAAGUUCUUCUCAACCAACUCUUAAAAUGAAUCAAUUAGAUAGUAAACGAUAUAGAAAAAUUCUUAAUAAUAUUCAAUCAAUUAAAACUUGGGUUUCAAAAGAAGUUAAUUUUGAUGUAUCAAAACGAUAUAAAAUCAUUAAAGAAUUGAAUAAAAUAGCUCGUGCAUUUCGACAAAUGGCUACCGAUGCACAACCAUCUUUACCUGAUAUAUUUUUAUGGAUGAUAUGUGACUCAAAACGUGUAGCUUAUGCACGUUUUCAACCUGAAGAUCUUCUUUUUAAUUUAUGUAAAGGUGAAAAAGGUUUAUAUAUUGGUCGUGUACAAACUAUUUUUCUCAAAACACCACGUUCAACAGAUAAACCAUUAGAUCCAUCAACAAAUGCGAAAGUACAAAUCUAUCUUUGGCUUGGAAUUGAAGAACAUGAACCAUUGAUAUUUAAACAUUUACCUGCUGGUUUUGAUAUGCCACCAUUACCAUUACAUCCUCACUUGAAAUUUAUAACAUAUAAUGAACGAACUUUUUAUGAAUUACGAUGUCAUUGUUAUAAAGCAAGAGCAUUAAUUGCUGCGGAUACAACAGGUUUAUCAGAUCCUUAUUUAAGUAUUACAGUUGGUAAUGAGACACAAACAGCACCAAUUCUCUUAGAAUCAUUAUGUCCACAAUGGAAUGUAACGUUAGCUUUUCAAAAUUUGAUGCAUGUUGGAACUCGAGAAACAGCUGAAGAAAUUAUUGGAAAUGUUGUUGUCGAAUGUUAUGAUUAUGAUGAAGUACGUAGACAGUUUAAAAGUGAAAAAAGCAUGUCAAUAUCACGAUAA